AUGUCAUCCGAGCAGCAUACAUGCGAUGGUUGUAGUAAUCCCGCUUCAUCGUUUCAGUGUCCUCUCUGUCAGGCAGAAGCUAUCACUUCACGUGGGUUCUUCUGCAGUCAAGAGUGUUUCGCGAAGAACUGGUUAAAUCACCGUGGCACCUUUCACAAGAGUGGUGUAGUGCGGGUAAAGGAGCAAGCACAAUCUACAGCUAUAGAAGAGUCUACCAAUGGUCGUAAACGCGCAGCAGGAGAAACAAAAUCUACAGAUGCUGAUAAAAAGAAAAAACGUAAACUGAAGAAGAAAGAUGAAGAAAAUAGUGAACCAAAAGAGGAUGUAAAUGAUAAGGUAAAAAUGUCUGUUGUGGUACCAUGGUCUGUACUUCCACGAGUUUCUGAUAAAAUAGCAACAGUGGAACCAUCUCUGCCAAUUGGUAUUGCUCGUGCUGUAAUUGGGGGAUCAUCAUUAGAUCAUCGUAUUUCUUUCUGGUCCGCUGUUGUAGCUGCUGCACAUCAUAUAGCUACAGAACUUGAAUAUCAGAAAAAUCAUAAUAAAUCUUCAUUUCAGGUGUUAGUUAUAACAAGUGGACCACUGGAAGCUUCUGCAAUGGCAUGGGCACUGCGUUGUACAGGUCUAGCAGGAUUGAUGCGACUUGUUCUAAGUGAAGAAAAAGAAGAUUUGUCGAUAAACCCAAGAUCACAUUUUUCUGGAAAUGGACGAAUUGUUAUUACGACAGAAUCUAUUGUAAGAUGUGUCUCUAAUGGAUCAGCAUCCGCUUGGCUUCAAGAAGAAAGUUUAUUGGUAACUUUACCAGGAGUUACAGAAGCUGCAGACUUUCAGUCUGUUCAAACUCGUGCUCUCUUUUUUGUUUAUAGGGGUAAGUCUAUCAAUACAACAGAUGAUACUUGGUGUGAAGAAGAAGAAAUUUCUCAUCAUGUUAUCCCAUUAAAAGAGACUCCUGCUGAAUUGCAUAAUUUAUUUAAUUCAGUCAUUCUUCCUCCUGUGGAUAAUGUUGAUACUAAUGCUGAUGCCACUCUUGCUCAUUCUUCUUCCUUACCCACUGAGAAUAUUGGAGAGGUAAAUACUUUAAAAACUCUUCGAUUUGAUAAUGAGGUCUCUACAUUCCUUGCCCGUGGAGAUUUUCCCAAUGCACUUCAACAUCUUGUUCGACUCUACAGUUCACGACGAGGUGUUUUUGAGGAAAUUCUCUUUAACAGUUUUCUCUUAACUCUUGGAGCUGCGAGUGUGGCACAUGCUCAUCAUAUGUUGGCCUAUAUAUUGAGAUGUCUUGUAGAUCAUUCCUCUCGUUUUAAAGGUCCACAAGGUGGUACAUUAAAAGAAAUGGCAUUACGGGCUAUUUCAAGAGUUGUUCGUAUGCUUCCGCCUAUUACAACUUCAGAUGAAGAUGAUCAACAACAACAACAACAACAACAGAAAGAAAAGCAUCAAAAAGAAAUUAAAGAUAAAACAGGAAAAAUAGUUACAUCUAGUGGUACUCAGGGUAACUCUACUAUAUCUUCUUUACCCUCUGCAAUGGAGAAAAAUCGUCUCUUUAACUAUUAUGAAAAAUUACCUAACAUUCAACUUCAGGCUACUAUGUGCUAUUUAUAUCCCUAUGCAUCUCCUGCUAUUAUGGAUCUAUUAGGAGCAGCAUGGGGUGUUAAAAAAAUUCUUUCUGGUCCUGAAGCCCUAAAGAGUGCAGAUCAAAAACGUAAUGAUAUUGUACUACGUUUGCGUAAUCGAUAUGGAACGAAACUUGAUCCUGCUUUUGCCAAUUAUUUGGUUGUAUUAAUGCAUUUCUUGUAUGAUAUGGUUGCCAGUUACUCUCUUAGUGUAGAGGAAGUAGACCAUCGUACCUUGUGGUCUAUAACGCUAGCAGGAGAAGUUGGUCCUUUAGAGACAUUUCUUUCAAAUUGUUUUCUACUUCAGAAGGAUGAAACGACAACAUCAUCGACAUCAGAGGAAGAGGGAAACAAGAAAAAACAAAUAAAAACACUUUCUGGUCGUCAGAUACCACAAAAACCUGUAAGUCGUACAGUACUUCUUCGUGGUCAAGCCGUUCGUACGGCGGUUGUGGAGGAACCCGUUCAACUCUCAUGGGUAGAUUUACCUCUCACAGGUAAACGACAACGUGAAGUGGAACGAUUGCAGCGUCAAGCUGUAGAUGAAAUCCUUAUGGCCAUGCCACGAGUACCACGACCAAUGUACAUUGGUGAUGUUGGUAAUCUUAUCGGUAAAUGGUUCCGCUUUAAUGCUCGAUUUGAUGGUACUCUUGGUGUGAGUCUUAUGGAGUUUCUCAUGCAACACCCAGAGGCUUUCCGUGUGGUUGGGAAUCUCGUCACACGUCGUACCGCAGGAGUGGCCGAUCAAGUCAAGAUGCGCUUUGAUGAUGAUAGUGAUCACGACAACGACGGUGAUGACUCGGAUGAUGAUCGCAAGGCAAAGGAUCGCGCACUCCUCACAGGGGCCAAACGCAAGAGUGGUGGAAAGCCCGGAAAAGAUUUACCUUCACGAGCACGAAAGAAGGCAUUGGUGAAGGCAUUUAAUAAAUCACGCUUUGAUCGUAACUAUAAGCCGAUUGAUGCUUCGGCAAAGGUACCAGGAUACAUCAAGCGUGGUCCACGUAAGAUCAAGGGAAGAGGUCGCAAGGCUAAUUUGAGAAAUACCAAGCGUAGUUAA